AUAUUAAUCCCUACAUACUAUUACAAUCCUUAUUCAAUCGCGAUACAGCUGCAUUUUCCAUGUUUCCAUAUUUCCUUACACCGCGACUCGUUUUACAUGCUGUAUGCAUUUUUUUAUUCUCAUGAACAGUCAACGAUAAUACUCGAUAAGUGCAAGUAAAUAUGCGGAAAGUGGACUAAUUAUAUUUUCGUUUUUAAUUGAUAAUAUUGUUUUUCCUGACAAAUUUUUGUUGUCAAUUAAGUAUGUACAUAAGGAAAUAAGUUUUGUGACAUGUCGCCGAUUCUUAGACAAUUAUUCGUAGCAGCGUCACCACAACUAGCCGCGAUAUCAGCGGGAGGAUUAAUUGGCUACCCCAGCGUGCUGCUGCAGCAAUUUAAGAGUAAUGACAGCUCCAUUCAUGCCGAUGUCCAUACUGCAUCGUGGAUUGCGUCAGUCCAUGGCCUCGCCGGCGUUCCCAGCCUCUUCAUUCCCUACCUGAUGCAACUCCGUGGAAGAAAGUUUGGCUUCCAGACAUGCUGCCUCCUCGUCACCCUCGGCUGGACCAUCAUCUACUUCGCCAGAAACGCCGCAACCAUUAUCAUCGGAGAAUCCUUCCAAGGCCUCGGAGCUAAGAGCCUUUUAGUCGUCAGUUACAUGACUAUAAGCGAAAUGGUCCAUCCUAAAUACCGGAAUAUUCUAAUGCUGUUCUAUAGUAUAAACCAAUCUGUGGGCGUAACACUUGCUCAUUCUAUGGGACGUUUUUUCCAUUGGAAAACUGUUAGUCUUAUUUUGGCUCUGCCUACAAUCAUCGCUUUCUUAAUGAGCUGUUCAUGGCCUGAGUCACCAGCGUGGCUAGCAUAUAAAGGUAGAUUGGAUGAAUGUAAGAAGUCUUUUAUCUGGCUCCGAGGAUUAAACGAAGAAUCAGUUUCAGAAAUGAAUGCUCUAUUAAAAGCUCAUACAGAAAUAAAAGACAGGACGUUAAAAUCUCAGAAGAAGAGUUUUAAAGACUUUUGGGCUCAAAUAACUAGCAAAGAUUUCUAUUUGCCCAGCUUUCAUAUGUUGGUAUUGCUCUCUGUUUAUUAUUGUAGUGGAAAUUUGGUAUUUCUUGUGUAUGCAAUGAACAUGAUCGAGAAUGUUACUAAAGACGAGAACUCCGCGUUCAUAGGAAUGAUCAUUAUGGAUUGUGUUACUGUGGUAGGCAAUUCCAUAGCAUAUAUAUUUUUCAAAUACUUUAAUAACAAACCUGUGCUCUUGACUAGUGGUGUUGGAAGUGCUGUGUUCUUAUUAGCGUCAUCCAUAGUUUCAUAUUUGCAGUUUUCAAAUAGAUUAUCAAGUGACUCUCUAUUAUGUUUAUAUUUAUUAGUAGGGUUUAUGAUAGCUUCAAGUUUAGGAAUAUAUACGACUCCAUAUGUAAUGGCAGCUGAAAUAAUGCCUGUGAGACACCGAGGUGCUGGAGGUGCUUUGAUGGUGAUAAUAAUUUGUGCCUCAUACAGUUUUACUCUUAAAAUAGCUCCAUUCUUGGUGCUAUAUCUUAAAUUACAUGGAACUUUUCUGUUGUACACCGUUACGUUGAGUUUAUGCUUGUUUUGGGUAUGGAGAUUUGUUCCUGAAACAAAAAACAAAACUUUACAAUGUAUUGAAGAAAGUUAUGUGGAUAAAUCUGUAUUAGAAGUGAAACCACAGAAAGAUGAAGUAAAUGAAGUAGAGAAACUAAAUGUCAGAUUAGUAUUAAUCGCAAAACCAGAAGAAACAAAUGAAAUUGUUCAUACUGUGAUACCUAAUGAAGUUAUCCAAACGUUACUUGAAAACGAAGAAAAAAGUAUAGAUGUGGUGACUACUACCGAACGAGGUAGCUAACAUACGAAUAUUACUAUAUUAUUAUACACCCUUUUAUUAAAAUCUUCUCACUUAAGUGAUAAAUAAGUAUUAUAAGUAUACCUAAAUGAUUGCUUAUUAUUUACUAGCUGCUCCGCG